AUGCCUCGCACACUCAAAGAACAGCUCCCCUGGACGCAGUCCCCAAUCAUUGCCAACGCACCGAUGGGUGGCUUCGCAGGAGGCGCCCUAGCAGCAGCAGUGACAGCCGCAGGAGGACUGGGACAGAUUGGAGCGGUCGUCGACAUGGGCGAGCUCGAGCGGGAACUGACACUUGCACAGAAGAGCCUCCCCAGGUCCAAAUCCAAUGGCGACACCAGUAACAACAACACCAUAUCCUGCUCCUCAACAACCCUCCCCAUCGGCGUCGGCCUCCUGACAUUCAUUCUGAAGCUGGAGUCUGUGCUUCCGCUCCUCCAGCGCUUCCAGCCCUCGGUGAUCUGGCUCUUCGCAGCAAGCGAGCUGAACGACUACACGACCUGGACGCGGUCGCUGCACGCCGCGCUCCCGCACAGCAGCAUAUGGAUCCAAGUCGGCAGCGCCAGUGCCGCGCUGACCGUCGCUCGAGGCGACGCCUCAGAUGCCAGCACGCAGCCUGACGCGCUCGUGCUGCAGGGCUCCGACGCCGGCGGGCACGGCUUCGAACACAGCGCGAGCAUCGUGUCGCUCGUUCCGGAGACGCUCGACCUGCUUGCCGCACAUGGCCUGUCGGCCCUCCCCGUGCUCGCGGCCGGUGGGAUUGCCGAUGCGCGUGGCGCGGCUGCUGCGUUUGCGCUGGGCGCGGCCGGUGUGGUGCUGGGGACGAGGUUUCUCGCUGCGCGGGAAACGAUCGUCCCGCAUGAGGCGUACCGGGAUGCGGUGUUGAGUGCCAAGGACGGGUCGACGAGUACGGUGCGCAGCAAGGUGUUUGAUAACGUCAAGGGGCCGAAUAUCUGGCCGGGAGAGUAUGACGGGCGGAGUCUGGUGACGAGGAGUUAUACUGAUUUUGUGGACGGGGUGGAUAUCGGUGUGGUGAGGGAACGGCAUGCCGACGCUGCGAAGAGGGCGGAUGCUGGGUUCGCUGAUACUACUGAUGGCGAGGCCAAGAGCAGUGGGAACGGCGCUGGACGAAGGGCGAAUGUAUGGGCUGGCGCCAGUGUGGGUUUGGUCAAUGAAUUGCAGGAUGCUGGAGAUGUUGUCAGAGAGGUUAGAAAAGGGGUUGAUGAGGCUUUGAAGGCUGCGCGGGCGAGGCUGUGA